AGUAAAGUGCCACUGGAUUCUUCUUUGCUUUUUAAAAAUACAUUACAGUGUACAUUUACGUAAGGAUGAUCUCUCAAGUGAUUCCCAAAUCUACAAUUCUAUGAUUCCCUAUGAUUCUGAUUUAAAAAUUGAUGAGCCUUGUUACCCUCCACUUUGUCAACCCAAAGAAUCUACAACUGAGCUGACUUCAGCAGAUCUUAGUUUCCUCAGUGAUGACCAAGAAGACAAUGAUGAGGAUGAAAACACAAGUAAGGAGCCAAGUGUGCAGCAGAGCCAAGUGCUGUCAGAAAUCCAGGGUACCCAUGCUGCUGGUGGACUUGGACCUGAAGAUAAUAGCGAGGAGUCAUACCAUUCAACAAAUAAUACAAUUUCCACCCCAAUCACCAAUGAAUCACCUUCUGUUUGUCCAAUACCAAUGACACCUAUGACUCCUGUAACACCAAUGACCCCAGUAGAAAGUUCUGGAAUAUGUCCCCAGUUACAAAAUAUUGUUUCCACUGUUAAUUUGGCCUGCAAAUUGGACCUGAAGAGAAUAGCCUUAUGUGCAAGAAAUGCUGAAUAUAAUCCAAAGCGGUUCGCUGCAGUGAUAAUGCGAAUAAGAGAGCCCAGAACUACAGCAUUAAUCUUCAGUUCAGGCAAGAUGGUUUGCACUGGAGCCAAAAGUGAAGAACAGUCCCGAUUAGCAGCUAGGAAAUAUGCACGCGUUGUUCAGAAACUUGGAUUUCCAGCAAAGUUUCUUGAUUUUAAAAUCCAGAACAUGGUUGGAAGUUGUGAUGUGAAAUUUCCCAUCAGAUUAGAGGGGUUGGUUCUCACCCACCAACAGUUCAGCAGCUACGAACCAGAAUUGUUCCCAGGUCUUAUUUAUAGAAUGGUCAAACCAAGAAUUGUUCUGCUAAUAUUUGUCUCUGGCAAGGUUGUUUUGACAGGUGCCAAAGUACGUUCAGAGAUCUAUGAAGCCUUUGAAAACAUCUAUCCCAUCUUGAAGGGCUUUAAGAAAGCAUCAUGACAUCCAUAUAACUUUUACACAGAAACUGAUAUCAAUGUGGAUGAGGACGUAUUAAGAGAAAAAAUUUCUUCCUUGGGACUACAUCUAAUAUCACAAUUCACAAAAUCAUGGAGAUAUCAAUGAGGGUAGGUCUUCUGGACUAUUUUAAUUCAUCCAACCAAAAGUGCCUGAUGUUUGCUUCAUCCUAUCUAUGAGACAUUAUCAUGCUCCAUAAUUCCAUUUCAUGUGUUAAUAAUUUUGCUGGAAGAACUUCUGGUGUUGAUCAUACUCUUUACUAAUUUGAAUCUGUCCCCUAUUGUACUCUGCUAGUCUAAUUUUAACUUUAUUUGACAGCAAAUUGAUACCUUCUGUAACAGUGCGCAGUUGCUCGUCCUUUAAGUUUUUUUUUGUGUUUUUUCCUCACCAUCUUUCAUUACUUCUACCCAUUUUAUAUUUUUGUCCUAGUUAAUUUUUAACCCUCAGCUGCCUCUCCUCUAGGUACCUUCUGCAAAUAUAAUCAAACUGUGAAGUAAAUUGGAAAUAGUGGUGAACCCGAAGUCAUUCUCUGAAGCAGUACGUGUGGACUAGUUAUGAUUAAGCUAUCUCAAUGUUCUUUGUAAAUGAGAAGAUCUAAUUAUGAAACUUUAGAAAUAUUUAGGCUUAUUUUGGUAUUUGAUUGGGAAAAAGUUUAUUGGUUGAAAUGUGUUGUUUUUUCAUAAAAUUGAGAGUUAAGGAUACUGAGUUAUAACAUUGAAAGGAACCUGUCACGAAAGAAAUUGAUAAGCAUUCUAACUUGUGUUGUUUCAAAUUAUUCUUGUACUUAUCAUGAAAUAAAGAACUUUGUUGUGCUAUU